UCAUGUUUUGGGCGUCAUCCACGUUUUCUACAACUGGAUCCGCUAUCCGUGCUCAUUGCGCGCUCCCGACGGAGGGGAAACGGGGGAUAACUACUAAAACGCAGAGAGAUUGUAACGGAUCAAUAAAAAUUAGCUGAUAACAGCGUGAUUGAUCUGCAGCAGAAUGAACAGCGCAGCUAUGUACCCACCUGUCAUGGCACCCCAAGCCAACAUGUUUGGCAAUGUCCCAGGCUAUGAAGGCACUGUGCCAGGAGGAGGCGGUUUCCUGCCCCCUCCCAUGCCCAUGGAGCCAGUAGCCCCACCCCAACCUGCCCCUGAAAAUCCUGAAUGGAGCAUCCCCUCUCUUUCUGAGGAUGAGGCUCGUAAGGCAUUCAAGGAAUUUGUGUCGUCUCAUUGCUGCUACAGUGACGCUCCGGUCACUCAGGGAGUCAUCACCUCCAUGGAGCCAUUCAACACAUUUAGGUACCGUCUAGAGACGUUCACUGAGUCCAGGUCAACUGAGUGGGCCCAGAAACCAUAUGAAGGUGAGCCUGCUGACUUUUACACCCAACCUGCUCCACAACCGUGGGAGGUCCAGGCCACGCCCCCCAAUCUCUUCAGUGACCAUAACGUGAAGAUCCGGGUGCCAUUUACAUCCUCUGUCAAGGAAUGCAACACCUGCCAUGCAACAGGUGUAGAGCAAUGCACUGAGUGCAAUGGAUGUGGAAAAAAAGCUUGCUGGGUGUGUGAUGGCACUGGAGUGAAGUUGGAUGCGGCCUGCAGUCACUGCAAUGGCACAGGCAAAGAAAGUUGUAGUAAGUGUAAUGGCAGAGGGAAAAAGGAGUGUCAAACCUGUAAAGGAAAACGCCAACUGCUGACCUACAUCGAGCUCAAAGUGGAGUGGAAAAACAAUGUGGAAGACCACGUGGUGGAGCAUAACUCUGGUUUAAAGACUGAUAAGCUGUGCUCAGUGAAUGGGAAGGAGCUGUUCAAGAACAGCCAGAACUUGAGGCAGACGGUCGAGCUGAUCCCCAUCACCAGGGUGAACUACGAGUGGAAAGACAACACCCACGCCUACUAUGUGUACGGCAACGAACACAAAGUCAAUGCUGAUGACUAUCCAGCAACCUGCUGCUGCGUCAUCCUGUAG